UGAGGCCCAUGUUACAAAUGUACAUCCAUUGUAACCAAACUUGUGUAAACAUUGAAUGCAUAUCUUCGAAAAUUAUAUAAGAUGUAUUUGUGUGUUAGUUUUGAAGAAAACUAUGAAUAAUAUUUAUUUAAAUUGAUAAGAAAUCGACAAUGUGCCCUUAUUUCUAUCAAAUUCAAAAGUAGUAGUGUUAGUGCAGUUUUAAGAUUUGACAAUGAGGUUUAUACUUAUAAAUAUAUUAUUUUUUUGCGUAUCGCGUAAUGCAAACGGAAUGCGCUUGGAAACGCUAAAAAAAUGCUGCACAGUCGGCGAAAAUUAUUCAACGUCCGGGAUGGACUGCAAAACUUUUAAGCCGCCCAUAGCCAACGUCGAAAAACGAUAUGAAGCCGCUUGUCUGAGGACGGUCGACGUUUGCUGCAAAAAAAAGCUCAAGGAGGGCCAGUGCAACUUGGGAAUUACCGACGCCAAACAGGGGGCGUGCGGGGAUGAGGACGGCGAACGAAAAGAUUGUUGCGAGGCGUGCUCAGUUGGAAUAUCAAUGGGUAAGGCAGGUGAACCCUGCGUUGAUUCUUACGGAUUAGGAGAAGGAUUUGUGAAAUGCUGUGAAGAACCGGAAAGCAUUCCCAGCACUACAUCUUCUUCAACAACCACAUCAACAAGCACCACAACAAUUAAACCAACAUCAGAAGCUGACCUUGAUCCUGACAAACUUGAAAACUUGGAUACGAUAUGCGAUUCAGACGUGUGUGCCCAGCUAUGCGAGGUCACUGAAAGUUCCUAUAAAUGCAGCUGUUAUCCUAAUUACGUCCUUAUGGGAGACGGUGUUUCCUGCAGACCCUUGAAAAAAGCGCAGAGAAAGGGAUCACGGUGCGAUCUGAAUAAUCCUUGCGAUCAAAGAUGUGUGGACACGGGGACCGCCAUUAAAUGCGAAUGUGAUGAUGGUUACUCUCUUGGGAGUGAUCAUCAGACUUGCGAAGAUAUCGAUGAGUGCGCCAUGAAUUUGCACGAUUGCCAAAAAGGAGAAGAAUGCAUCAACGAUGUGGGAAGUUUUUCUUGCAUUGCUACAGAAAUCGAUGAGGAUCCUUUUCAAGCCUGCCCCAAAGGCUACCAUUUCAGCGGUACAACGAAUAAAUGCGAGGAUAUUAACGAGUGCGAAUUCGAUAUUGUUUGCGAGAGACCGAAAACAUGCGAAAACACUAUGGGCUCUUAUGUUUGCAAAGGAGACGAUAGAGAAUUGUGUCCUUCAGGAUAUCAUUUUAACGGGACCAUAAACGAUUGCUCCGACAUCGAUGAAUGUUUAACCGACGAACACAACUGCAACAAGGAUUCUCAAGUGUGUCUGAACACAAAGGGAAACUACACUUGCCAAGAUAAAGCAUCGAAAAAACAUUGUCCACCUGGUUUUAAGAACAACGCUUCGACAGGAUCUUGCGAGGAUAUCGACGAAUGUAACGAAAGCGACGAUCUAUGCAAGUCUGGCGAAGUUUGUGUCAACGAGCCGGGAGGUUAUAAGUGCGCUAACAAAGUCACAACCACAACUCCAAGGACCUUUUCCACCAGGUUUCCCACAAAACCGAUUAAACCGGUCCCCAAAGCUUUCUGUCAAAAAGGAUUUGAACAUAACGGAGUCGGUUGUCAUGAUAUAGACGAGUGUGAGUCAAAUCCCUGCGAUAGUACACAGGAAUGCGUAAAUCAGCCUGGAAGUUACACUUGCAAUUGUAAAAUUGGCUACACCAAGGACCCAGUGCUUGGCGCGGCCUGCGUUGACAUAAACGAGUGCCUGCUGGGCAACCACGACUGUUCCUUUACUCAAAGAUGCGACAACAGUCCUGGAUCAUACGUAUGCAAUAGAAUUGUGGGCUGUGGCACUGGAUACACCUUUAAUUAUGGCAGUGGAUUAUGCGAGGAUGAUGAUGAGUGCGCUCUAAACCUUCAUAAUUGUGACCUAAUGGGUCCUGGAUUAAUAUGCAAGAAUCUUUUGGGAACGUACAUAUGCGAGAAACCUGCAACUCCAAAACCGAAAACGACUCCAAGAAAUCCUUUUUAUAACUAUUAUACUUCAACCGCAAGAUCAAAUCCUACAACGACUAGACCAACAAGCAAACCAAUCACAACCAGAUAUUAUAAUCCGGUUACUACAAAAUCAACCCCAAGAGUCUAUCCGAAUUAUUAUACGCAAACAACUACAAUCAGACAAACCACAACUCCUUUUUAUUCCAGAUACUAUACCACUACUAGUUCUACUACAACCCCAAAACCUACCAUUUACUUUGUCCCCACUACCCCUCCAUGGAUUUAUCAUAGACCGCAAAGCAACAACAACGUGUAUGUACAGACGCGUUUCUACAACAUCCCCGAUGUGCCAAAUACAGAGAAACCCAUAAUAAUGCAAAACAGCAAUUGCCUUCCGGGUUACAGGAAGAAUGCCAGAGGAGUAUGUGAAGAUAUAAAUGAAUGCUUGAGCAAUCCAUGCGAGGCCACCCAAAAGUGCAUCAACAUAAACGGCUCGUUCAGAUGUUCGGACACUUUGAUUUGCAAGGUGGGCUAUGAGCCCAACGACGCUGGCAGCAAAUGUGUUGACAUUAAUGAAUGCAGCCGAGGAACUCACACAUGCCACCACACUCAAAUAUGCAAAAACGGACAAGGUUAUUAUACAUGCGAGUGUCCUUUGGGUUAUCACAUAGACAAGGCAACAUUCAGCUGCGUUGAUAUGGACGAAUGCAAACACUAUAGGCCUUGUUUGCCGUACGCUUUGUGUGAGAACACUCCAGGAUCAUACCGCUGCACUUGCAAGGACGGCUUUAAGCGCGAAGGACCCGACUGUAUAGACAUUGACGAGUGCAAGGAAACGACAGGAUUAUGCUCUCAAAAAUGUCUUAAUCAAUGGGGAUCGUACCGUUGCGCUUGCAAUUCAGGAUUUAAACUCAAUCCUGACAACAGGACGUGCAGCGACAUUGACGAAUGCGAAAAGUACAAGGACAAAAACAUUUGCAUGCACAAGUGUCAAAAUAUACCCGGGAGUUACGCGUGCGAAUGUCCAAGCGGAUAUAGAUUGGGAAAUGACCGGAAAGUUUGUAUCGAUAUAAACGAAUGUAGCGAAAAUGCAUGCAAUCCUCACGAGUCCUGCAUUAAUAUUGGUGGUGGAUACAAAUGCUAUCCGAUUGAGUGCCCGCCAGGCUACCACAAGGAUUCCAGUGUUAAAUCGAUUUGCAAGCGCAUCAAGAACUACUGUGACCCAAGAACGACGGAAUGCCAGUUGAUGCCUGAACAAUAUUCCUACCAGUACAUCACGAUUGUGUCCGACAUACCGCUAUUAGAUGAGCCCAUUCAACUGUUUCAAAUAAGCGGGCCCUCUUGGAGCCAGGCGAGAGUUGAUUUUUCUCUUUCGCUCCUUGAUGUCGAUUGUCCCCAUCAAAAACGAAUCGAUUUGGAAAAUUACUUCAAGAAAGAAGUGGAGGGCAGCAUCAUGAGGUUAUAUUUAACGCGUAGCCCCACUGGACCUCAAGAGGCCACCUUGCAAAUCGACAUGAAGUUAUACAACGGAAACGCAAUAAUUGGAAAUAUCGUUGUUUAUAUCGUUGUUAUUGUUUCCGAGUUUCCUUUCUAGUUUAAUAUGUUUUAUGCUUUCUGAAACAGCUCAAUAAUAUUAAGUUAAUAACUACUAUAAUUAAGGACAGCCCCUUAAGGCUUAAUCUGCCACUGCUUGUCUGUAGACUCAUAAAAAAUAUUUUGUAAGUAAUAAUUUAUAUUUUUAAUGCUAAAUUAGCAUGUAUAAAUAAGGGUUUUUGUAAUUUCUUACCUAUUAAAAGAGUUUU